AGCUCCAACAGAGGAACUGCAGGGCAUGGAUCAUGACAACGUGAACCGGCAGCAUUAACUGCGACGGUAACAAAUUUGGAAAAGCAAGAUAUUCCCCAUCCAGGGUCUUAAGGAGUGGAUGCUGCGGGCUACGGCUCAUAAGAUGAUUCGUGGCUCGUGUCAGCCUAAAAACUACAGGCUUCUGGAGUUCAUAAAUUAUCCGUCUAAUCAGAAUCAGAAUCAUCUUUAUUGGCCACGUACAGUGUUUGUAGUGUGGAACGUGUUAAACCGGUCGUGUGGCUUCGUGAGGGCCGGACAGGUGAGGCUACGGUGGGGUGGAGGAGGAAGGGCGGAGUGCUGUGGUGUCAGAACAACCAGGAAGGAAGAAACAUGGUGCGGUGACACAGCAGCCGGACACCCACGGACAACAGUAUUCAUCCUAUUUUUAUCAAGUUGUUCCCACCCUUCAGCAAAGAACACGUUAAGUACCUGCGGUGUCAUAAUGAGUAUGCGCGUGGGCACCCACGGGUCUGUGGGGCCCAACGAUGAGGUCAUGCCAUACAGUGAUGAUGAGACAGAUGAUGAGCUGGACGUGAGCACAGACGAGGAACAAGAGGAGACGCCAGGAGCCCCGCAGCCCGCUGUGGAAAUCAGACCAAGUGAGAUUGGCUGGAAGGUGAAAGCCAAUGACCGACCUUACCACCAUCUGCCAGAAUUUAAUAAAAAAGUAUUCCUAUGCAUCAAGAAGAGCAGAUACUCUGGGAACGCCAUCAAGACAUACAAAUACAACAUCCUUACAUUCCUUCCCCUCAACUUAUACGAGCAGUUUAAGAGAGUUGCCAACCUCUACUUCUUGGCUCUUCUUAUCCUACAGAGUAUUCCAACUAUUACGACUCUGCCUUGGUACACCACUCUGAUUCCUCUGGUUGUGGUUCUGGGAGUAACUGCCAUCAAAGACCUGGUGGACGAUAUUGCUCGACACAAGAUGGACAAGGAGAUUAAUAACAGGAAAUGUGAGGUCUUGCUCGAUGGCAGAUUUCAGGAUUCAAAGUGGAGACACAUCGAGGUUGGAGAUGUAGUUCGUCUGAAGAAAAAUGAUUUUAUUCCGGCGGACAUUUUGCUGUUAUCCAGCACAAACCCAAACAGCCUGUGCUAUGUGGAAACAGCAGAGCUUGAUGGAGAGACCAACCUAAAGUUUAAGAUGGGACUGCGAGUAACUGAUGAAAGACUACAGGAAGAACGUCAAUUGGCUCAAUUUGAUGCUCUGAUUGAGUGUGAAGAGCCCAACAACCGUCUGGAUAAGUUCACAGGGGUGAUGCACUGGAAGAUGGACCAAUAUCCCCUGGACCUGGACAACAUGCUGCUCCGAGGUUGCAAGAUCAGAAAUACUGAAGAAUGUCAUGGACUCGUCAUCUUUGCAGGUGCUGACACAAAAAUCAUGAGAAAUGGUGGAAAGACAAGGUUCAAAAGGACCAAGAUUGAUGAGCUAAUGAACUAUAUGGUGUACACUAUCUUUGUCCUCCUGAUCCUGGUGGCAGCAGGACUUGCCAUUGGUCACAGCUUCUGGUAUGAGGAAAUCGGGUCCAACGCCUGGUAUAUCUAUGACGCUAGAGAUGAUAGUACCUCCUACAGAGGAUUCCUCAGCUUCUGGGGCUAUAUCAUUGUUCUGAACACCAUGGUGCCUAUUUCACUCUAUGUGAGUGUGGAGGUGAUUCGUCUAGGCCAGAGUAAGUUCAUCAACUGGGACCUGCAGAUGUACUAUGCAGAGAAAGACACACCAGCAAAGGCUCGAACCACCACCCUGAAUGAGCAGCUUGGACAGAUUGAAUACAUCUUCUCAGACAAGACAGGAACGCUGACACAAAACAUCAUGCAGUUCAAAAAGUGCACCAUCGCCGAACGCAGCUAUGGUAACCCAACUACUGCUGAGGGAGUGAUUCUGGACCGCGGAAAGCCAGUGGACUGGAGCUGGAAUCAGUAUGCUGACAAAAAAUUCCAAUUCAUGGAUAAUUCCCUUGUUGCCUGUUUGCGAUCCAAGAAGGAUAAAGAUGCGCUUGAAUUCUUCAGACUCCUCUCCCUUUGUCACACUGUCAUGGUGGAGAACAAGGAUGGCGAGUUGGUGUACCAAGCAGCGUCUCCAGAUGAGGGUGCACUAGUGACAGCUGCUCGGAACUUUGGCUUUGUCUUUCUUUCCCGAACUCAGGACACCAUCACCAUCAGAGAGAUGGAACAGGAGAAAACCUACCAGAUGUUGGCGCUGCUCGACUUCAACUCUGAUCGCAAACGCAUGUCCAUCAUCUUGAAGUUUCCAGAUGGUCGUAUUCGUCUAUACUGCAAAGGAGCUGACACAGUCAUCUACCAGCGACUUUCGCCCAAUUCUAAGCACAAGGAGUCUACUCAGUCUGCGCUGGAUAAAUUUGCCAGAGAGACCUUGCGGACACUGUGCUUGUGCUACAAAGACAUCAGCAGUGGCGAGUAUGAAGCCUGGUCCAAGAAACACAUGGAUGCUCAGGUGACACUGGUCAACAGAGAGGCUGCCCUGGAUCAAGUUUAUGAGCUGAUUGAGAAAAACCUUUUGCUGAUUGGAGCGACAGCCAUCGAAGACAAACUGCAGGAUGGCGUACCAGAAACCAUCGCCAAACUAGCCAAGGCCGAUAUCAAGAUCUGGGUUUUGACUGGAGAUAAGAAAGAAACUGCGGAAAACAUCGGAUUUUCAUGCUCACUUUUGACUGACGACAUGCACCUUCACUAUGGAGAGGAUGUCAAUGAGAAGCUAAACCUCCGUCAGGCUAAGAGGAGACACGAGCCUCCGACUGAGAGUCGAGGCAGAAGGAAACCUGGAGAGCCAUUUUUCCCUGAACCGGGCAAAAAUGGACUUGUUAUCACUGGAGGAUGGCUGAACGAGAUUCUGUAUGAAAAGAAGAAGAAACGCCGCCGUUUGCGUCUUCGUCGUCUGGGAAAGCGACCGCCUCCCAGCAGCCCUCAGGAUGGACAACCAAUGAACGACUGGGAGAAGGAGAUGAGACAGAUUGACUUUGUGGACAUGGCCUGCGAGUGUGAAUCAGUGAUUUGCUGUCGUGUCACACCAAAGCAGAAAGCUAACGUGGUCAGUUUGGUGAAGAAGUACAAGAAGGCAGUGACGUUGUCCAUAGGCGACGGGGCCAAUGAUGUCAACAUGAUCAAGACUGCAGACAUUGGUGUUGGCAUCAGUGGUCAAGAGGGGAUGCAGGCUGUGAUGUCCAGUGACUUCGCCUUUGCUCAGUUCCGUUACUUGCAACGACUCCUGCUCGUGCAUGGACGUUGGUCUUACAUUAGAAUGUGCAAGUUCCUUCGGUUCUUUUUCUUCAAGAACUUCGCCUUUACAUUGGUCCAUUUCUGGUACUCUUUCUUCAGCGGAUACUCGGCACAGGUGGCCUAUGAGGACUGGUUCAUCACGCUCUACAAUCUUUUUUACAGCAGCUUACCAGUUCUUCUAGUUGGACUGCUCGACCAGGACGUUAAUGACAGACUGAGCCUCAAGUUUCCCAAGCUAUACCUGCCCGGUCAGCAGGGGACGUUGUUCAACUACAGGAACUUCUUCAUCAGCUUGUUCCAUGGCAUCUUCGUCUCCCUUAUUAUCUUCUUCAUUCCUUACGGCGCAUUCCUGCAGACCAUGGGGCAAGAUGGAGAAGCCCCCUCAGAUUACCAGUCUUUCGCCGUCGUCACUGCCUCAUCACUGAUUUUUACCGUCAAUCUACAGAUCUCGCUGGAUACCUCCUACUGGACCUUUGUCAACUGUUUUGCUGUUUUAGGAAGCAUAGCCAUCUAUUUUGGCAUUAUGUUUGACUUGCACAGUGCUGGAAUUCACGUCAUCUUUACCCCGUUUUUUACCUUCACGGGGGCAGCCUCAAACGCUCUGCGUCAGCCUUACUUGUGGUUAACCAUAAUCCUCACAGUGGGCAUCAGCCUGCUGCCGGUCAUCUGCAUCCAGUUCCUCCAUAAAAUCAUCUGGCCUUCCGUAGGAGAUAAGAUCCAGAGAAAUAGAAAGAGGUAUGAGUUGGAAAUGCAACAGGAGGCGAAGAAAAGGACACCGGGCUUCCAACGCGGUGCGCGUUCCCGUCGCUCUGGCUAUGCCUUCUCCCACUCCCGAGGAUAUGCAGACCUCAUCGCUUCUGGGAGAAGCAUUCGGAGGCGCCCCGCGUCCCGGGUUGGGCCCCAGAGCAGCAUCAGGGAGGUCCCCGAAAGAGCUGAGAACAUCUGAUGGUUGCAGACCUGGAGACCGGUGAAAACUGACACUGUGGCGGUAUUCCCAAUUCUGGGAUUACCGUUUAAAGGGGCUACUCUGUGACGACACUGCAGAGAUGCUCAAGAUUGGUAUCUCAGCAGGGAAAUGACAUUAUUAAAUUUGAGAGGAUAUUUUUGAAAGGAUAUUUAAGUGCCUUUGAAAGUAACAGAAGAACCGAGGCACUUCUUCAUCUUCUAUGCAAAGACUCUAUGCAAAACCAAAGAGAAACAACUGAUGUUUUUAGUCAUGCACUGACAGUGUGAUUGACAAUGUCAUUUAAUUUAGGAUUGUUUUUAAAACAAAAAGUUUUAUUUUAUAAAAGAUUAGUUGAGCCCACCUAACCCACAUUUCCUCCUCAUCGCUACCACCGCAACUUCAAACUGGUAUGGCUCCAUGUCCAUCGGGCGCUGGAAAUUAGCAUUUUGUAUCAAAUUUGAUUUAAAUCAAUGAUUAAAUGGAUCCAUUUAGUUCUGUCUUUUGAAACUCAUUCAAAAGAGAGCCUCAAUUUUAUUAUCAUAAUUUUAAUAUUUUAUUGUCAAAGGAGGCGUGUUACAUUCUCAGGGUAUGCAAGGUGCUUAGCCGUUAAGUGUCUUAUGUAAUUUAAUUUGUGAACGUUGUUUCUCCAGUACUGAAUCAAGUGGCUGAGAUAGCACAUGCGAUCACUUAUUUUGGAAACUCAAAUUUGUUUCAACCAAAAUCUUUAGUUUUCAUCAUAAAUUGUACACCUUGAAAAAAUAGGCUCCCCCCCCCCCCACCCCCCAUCUCCAUCAUGUAAAGACUCUUAAUCAUCUUCCCGUCUUUCAUUUUUUUCAAGCUUUUACAACUUUGUUUGUGUCUGUGUCCAUGAAAAUGAUGUCAUUUCUAUAGUCCUACAAUUUAUUUAAGAUAUCUGCUGUGAGAUUCUAAGCCAAAACUGAGACAUUGUUCUGUUACUGUAUGUUUUUAUUACUUAAUGAAUGGAGGCAGUUAACCCAGAAAUGCUCCUGUAGUAGUUGGGUUGAGUUGAUAUUUCAUCAUAUUGUUGCUAAUAAAAGCCAAGGGUAUAUGUAUUAAUCUGAAA